UUGGAGACCAAGACAUUUGUGUGUUAAUUAGGUUAUCCAACAUGUCCGCCAUACCACUGAACCAAUCAGCUUCAUUUCGAGCACUGCAUCUUGGACAAACCCUAACCAUGUAUACAAAGUUUCAGAACUCUGCGAUAAGUGGUUUCUGACUAGAUGUUUGUAAAUUGUCCCAAGUUUGUCGUAAAAUCCAAUAUGGCUGCAAACCAUGUGACCAGUCGCAUACAUUCAGCUGUGGUCAUUAGCUCCCAUUGGUGUCUACAGCUCUGUGACAUUUAAAGAGUUUUCAUUCAACAAUUUUCAUUUUAUGCAACUUAAGGUUUUGUUGGCGGAAAGAAAAAUAAUCUUGACAACAAUAGGCUUCCCAGCCAUGGGCUUGGAAGCCUAAUAAUGAAUAAGUCCAACUUCAGGUUUUAACCACAUCUGAAUACUGAGUUCAGCACCUCAAAGCAAACACUAAUGUGGAUUCCAGACUCUUUCUUCUCAAGUUUGCUCAGUGGGAGGAUAUCAACUCUAAGGGAUGAAACUGGGGCAAUAUUUAUUGACAGAGACCCAACAGCGUUUGCACCUAUUUUGAAUUUCCUUCGUACCAAAGAAUUAGAUCUCCGGGGAGUGAACAUUAAUGUUCUCCGACAUGAAGCUGAAUUUUAUGGAAUAACACCAUUGGUACGAAGGCUGCAGUUAUGUGAAGAACUGGAUCGAUCAUCAUGUGGCAGUGUUCUCUUCCAUGGAUACCUCCCUCCACCAGCUGUUCCCAGUCGUAAGGUCAGUGCUGCUUCAGCACCAGCACAGGUGGCAGCAUCAGCAGCAGUCCUUCCACCAGAAGAACGAGCUGGACAGAGCAUGUCUGAAGGCGGGGCUCAGUCAGGGAGCUGUCUACAGGCCUCUUUAGCUGGGGUUGGGGCUGCAGAAGGACCAACAAGGCUUGGUUCCCCUGUGGAUCCACGGAAAGUGCUAAUAGUUGCAGGUCAUCACAACUGGAUUGUAGUUACAUAUGCACAUUUUGUGGUUUGUUACAGUAGGAUAAAGGAGUCCUCAGGCUGGCAGCAGGUGUUCUCCAGCCCCUAUUUGGACUGGGCAAUUGAGCGUGUGGCUCUCAAUGCAAAGGUGGUGGGCGGUCCCCAUGGGGACAAGGAUAAAAUGGUGGCUGUGGCAUCCGAAAGCACCAUCAUCCUAUGGAGCAUCCAGGACGGGGGCAGCGGCAGUGAAAUAGGUGAGUUUAGCCUAGGGGUUCCAGUGGAUGCCUUGUUCUUUAUUGGGAAUCAGCUGGUCGCUACGAGUCACACAGGGAAGGUGGGGGUGUGGAAUGCUGUUACGCAGCAUUGGCAGGUUCAGGAUGUUGUCCCAAUUACAAGCUAUGACACUGCAGGAUCAUUCCUCUUGUUGGGUUGUAACAAUGGAUCCAUAUACUACAUUGAUAUGCAGAAAUUUCCCUUAAGAAUGAAGGAUAAUGAUCUUCUGGUGACUGAACUUUACCAUGAUCCAUCAAAUGAUGCCAUCACUGCCCUGAGUGUCUAUCUCACACCCAAGACAACACCAGCAGUUUCUAAAGCAAUUGGUACUCUAUCACUUAGAGAUGCUGUGUUUUCAGGUGUGAGUGGGAACUGGAUUGAGAUUGCCUAUGGUACGAGCUCUGGGGCAGUGAGAGUGAUUGUACAACAUCCAGAAACAGUGGGGUCUGGUCCUCAACUCUUCCAGACCUUCACUGUCCACCGUAGCCCUGUCAACAAGAUCAUGCUUUCUGAGAAACACCUGGUAUCAGUCUGUGCAGACAACAACCAUGUGCGAACAUGGACUGUGACUCGAUUCAGAGGAAUGAUUUCCACCCAGCCUGGCUCCACUCCUUUGGCCUCAUUCAAAAUCCUGUCCCUUGAAGAAACUGAGAGCCAUAGCAGCUACUCAUCUGGAAAUGAUAUUGGUCCUUUUGGAGAGAGAGAUGAUCAACAGGUUUUUAUACAGAAAGUUGUCCCGAUAACUAAUACACUCUUUGUGCGACUUUCUUCAACCGGAAAAAGAAUCUGUGAGAUCCAAGCUGUGGAUGGCACCACAAUUUCCUCCUUCACAGUGCGGGAAUGUGAGGGAUCGAGCAGAAUGGGGUCCAGGCCACGCCGAUACCUCUUCACAGGCCAUGGAAACGGAAGCAUUCAGAUGUGGGAUCUAACAACUGCCAUGGACAUGGUGAACAAGGCGGAAGAUACGAAAGAAGUUGAUGUAGGAGGCCCCACAGAAGAAGAGCUGUUGAAACUGUUGGAUCAAUGUGACCUGAGUAGCUCUCGCUGUGCUACCCCCAACAUCAGCCCAGCUACCUCCGUGGUACAGCACAGUCGAUUGCGAGAGUCUAACUCCAGUCUGCAGCUGCACCCUCAUGACACAAUACCAGAGUCGGCUACAUACGGAGCAGUGAGACCUUACAGGGAGAGCCCCCUUCUGGCCAGAGCCAGGCGGACUGAGAGCUUUAACAGUUACAAGGACUUUCAGUCUUUUAACCUGGGUAUUAAUCUGCUGGAGAGGGAAGGUGCUGAGCACGGCAGCUUGUCCCUCAUGCCGUCGUUGGAGGUGAGGCGGACUACAGCAGAGACCAGUGCUUUGGCCAAGAAAAGUUCAGCGGUAGAGGUUUGGACGAACAGGGGCUCAGACGGAGUCCCAGAGUCCACCAAGCCACCUCCGGAAAGCCCUGGGGAAUCCAAGAAUAAGGGUCAGGAUGAAGAGAUAGACCUAAAGCAAGAGAUAAAGAAGAGGAGCACGUUUGAUGGAGGGUUCCUGGGGAGGAAGAAGGCAUCUCCAGUGCCUCCGCUCGUCUCCCCACCCUCGGGAGCAGAAGGAGGGAGCGAGUCAUCUGGCACUGCCUCUCCAUCUCCAACAAAAAUGGCCACAUCCCCAAGACAUAAGAAGAAUGACUCCUCUUGCCAGGAGCAUAAUUUAUGAUUUGGGUAAAAAAAAUAAUAAAUACAUUCAAUCAACUAAAAUGAAUGGUGUUUUUGACUUAAAACACCAGGGUGCAAUUGAAAAUGACCACAAGUGCACCAUUCAGGAUUACCUUGGAAGUGACCAACAGGGUUCUGUUGUAAACUGUGAUUUUUAUUUUAAUUGUAUUUUUUUUUUAAUCUAGAUCAGUGGAUCUCAAACUUUUUGUACCGCGCCACUCUUCCUCUUCUCUGUAGUACUUGACGCCACAUCCACACACAUGUGUAUAUAUACUGGUAAAAAAACAAAAUCCAACAUGCCACUGGCUUCUCUAUGUCACUGCUGUUGUGUUUUUUCUUUUGCACGAACCAGCCACUGAUCCAUUGUAAUAAUGGCAAACUUAACACUGCAAAUGAUAGUUUACCGAUUGUGUCCAGCUCUUACUAAUGUGCACAACACGCAGUAAGCCAAUAAACAACACCAGAUGGCAGUGGACUUCGUCCAGUAAUAUGCAAGCUUAAAUAAAAGGCAUCAGUGGGAUGCACAGCGCCAUCUAGAAACUCUGACAUGCCGGAAGGUGUCAGCAGGAAGAUUUGAUUUAAGUUAAGAUGUGCACUGCAAUUAAAAAACAUAAAAUAGAUAUUAUAAAAAGAUAAAUAAAUACAUUAUUGAACCCUCUCACGCCCGCCCCCCAGGAUACAUUCUACGAUCCCCCCCC